UCCUUACCCGUAUGCACAAUUUUUCUUUGAGUAAAUCCGAGUGAACACUUGCACUUAAACAGAGCUCAAAAUGAAGUCAUGGGUGAGAUGGUUGGUUGUUGUAUGUUGGCAUACGUUGCUGUUUCACUUCUCAUUCUCCCAUUCCUUAUGUCAUACUCACGAUAAAAUUGCCUUGCUCCAAUUCAAAACCUCUCUCAAUUAUUCUCAUAGUGGUAAUGUUGAUACAAAGAUAGGAACUUGGGAAAAUGGAACAGAUUGUUGCUCAUGGGUUGGGGUUACUUGCCAUCCCAUCUCUGGUCGCGUCAUAGGUAUUGAUGUCUCCUCCAGUGGCCUUUUCGGUGCAAUCCUUUCCAAUAAUACUCUUUUUCAUCUUUCUCAUCUCCAAUCACUUAAUCUUGCUUCCAAUUUUUUCUUCAACUUUCAACUUUCAUCCCUCUUUGAUGGGUUGGUGAGCCUUAAACGUCUAAAUUUGUCAAAUUCUUUCUUUAUAGGUGAAAUUCCUUCUCAAAUCUCACAACUUUCCAAAUUAGAAUCACUUGAUCUCUCUAAUAAUAUGUUAACAUGGAAAGAAAGCAGUUGGAAGAAGUUCCUCCAAAAUGUAACAUUUUUAAGGGAGCUUAUUUUGGAUCAUGUAGACAUGACUUUGAGUUCGAUGAGUUCGCUCAAUCUGUCUACCUCUUUGGUUAGUCUUAGUCUCGAAAGCACCAGUAUUCAAGGAAACUUGAAAAGUGACAUUUUAUGCUUACCAAAACUUGAACAAUUGCACUUAUCAGAUAAUAGUUACAGUCUCAAUGGCCAGCAUCUUCCCAGUUUGAGUUGCAGUGGUGCUUCUCUAACUCUAUUGGAUCUUUCAUCUAAUCAUUUUGAGGGCUCAAUCCCUGUCUCUUUCUCCAACCUCACGCAUCUUACUUUCCUUGAUCUCUCAUAUAACAUCUAUCUCAACGGUUCAAUUCCCUCCUCCCUCUUAACCUUUCCGAGUUUAACUCUCUUGGAUCUUCAAUUGAAUCAAUUCAGUGGCCAAAUCCCAAAUGUCUUUCCCCAAUCAAACAGUUUUGAAAAACUAGAUUUGAGUCAUAACAAUAUUGAAGGUGAGCUACCAUCAACACUUUCAAAUCUCCAACAUCUCAUUUUCUUGGAUCUUUCAAAAAAUAAAUUUAGUGGUCAAAUUUCAUCCUCAAUUUCAAAUCUUCAACAACUUAUUCACUUGGAUCUUUCAUAUAAUGAAUUUAAAGGCCAAAUUCCAUCCUCACUUUCAAAUCUUCAACAUCUUGUUAUCUUGGAUCUUUCGGAGAAUGAAUUUAGUGGCCAAAUUCCAUCCUCAAUUUCAAAUUUUCAUAAUCUCACUACUUUGAUACUUGCUAAGAAUGAACUUAGAGGUCAAAUUCCUUCCUCACUUUUAAAUCUUCAACACCUCAUUUUCUUGAAUCUAGCAUAUAAUAGAUUGGAGGGCCCUCUACCCAACAAAAUCACAGGGCUUCCAAACCUAACUGACUUACACUUGAAUGACAACUUACUAAAUGGGACAAUUCCUGUUUGGUGUUUAUCUUUACCGUCUUUGCUUGAAUUGGAUCUGUCAGAUAAUCGGUUCACAGGACAUAUAAGUGCAAUCUCGUCACAAUCCUUGAAGUCUUUGUAUUUGUGCAACAACAAGCUACAAGGCAGCAUUCCACCAUCAAUUUUUUCCCUUGUAAACCUAACUGGAUUGUGUUUAUCAUCAAACAACUUCAGUGGCCUUCAUAACUGUUCAUUCUUCACCGACGACAAUUACAAAUUCCCUCACUUGGAUAGAUUGUAUUUAUCUUCUAUGGGUUUAGCCGAAUUUCCAAAAUUAUCAGGAAAAGUCCCAAUGUUGGCACAACUUGAUCUAUCCAACAACAAAUUGAAUGGAACACUGCCCGAAUGGUUGCAGGAAAUGAAUUCACUACUACUUCUGAACUUAUCCCAGAACAUGUUGAUUGAUCCAAUGAACCAACUCUCGAGGAAUUCCGGUCUCUUAAUCCUUGAUCUCAGUUUCAAUUUACUCACUGGCGGCAUAUCUUCCUCAAUUUGUAAUGUAAGUUCACUUCUUGCUCUCAUUUUGUCCCACAAUAAGUUGACAGGUGGCAUUCCACCAUGUCUUACAAACUUGAAAUUCCUUGCGGUUUUGGAUCUACAAAGGAAUAAGCUAAAUGGCACUUUACCAAGUAACUUCUCAAUGGAUAGUGGGCUUGGUGUUUUGAAUCUCAAUGACAACCAAUUGGAAGGUAUUUUGCCAAAAUCUUUGUCUAAUUGCUCACAUCUAGAGAUCUUGAAUCUUGGCAACAAUCAAAUUGAGGAUAAAUUUCCCUAUUGGCUUCAAACUCUACCAAUGUUAGCAGUGCUAGUAUUGCGAGUCAACAAAUUUUAUGGUCCCAUUCCAAGUUUAGAGAAAAAUCAUGGAUUUUCAAGUUUAUUAAUUUUUGAUAUCUCAUCCAACUACUUCAGUGGUCCAAUACCAAAAACCUAUCUGCAAAAUUUUCAAGCCAUGAAGAAUGUUACUCAAUAUACACUCAAUGAGCUAUACAUGAAUCAAUGGCUUCAAGAAUUUGUAAGUGUAACAACAAAAGCGAUAAGUAUGACAUUUAACAAAAUUCCAAAAAACUUUGUAAUCAUUGACUUAUCCCGAAACAAAUUUGAAGGAGAGAUUCCAUAUGUAAUUGGAGAGCUACGUGCUCUUAAAGGACUCAACUUUUCACAUAACAGGCUUGGUGGUCUUAUUCCCAAAUCCAUUGGAAAUUUGACAAACUUGGAAUCAUUAGACCUCUCCUCAAAUAUGUUCACCGGUAGGAUUCCUAUAGAAUUAGCCAAUAUGAACUUCCUUGGAGUCCUGAAUCUUUCCUGUAACAAUCUUGUGGGAGAAAUACCUCAAGGAAAACAUUUGGACACUUUUUCAAAUGACUCCUACUUAGGAAACUCGGGAUUAUGUGGGUUCCCAUUAUCAAUGAAGUGCAACAACACUGAACAAAAAUCUCCAUCUUCAAAUUUUCGAGGAAAAGAGAGAUUUGGAUUUGGAUGGGAACCAGUGGUUAUAGGAUAUGGAUGUGGAAUGCUAUUUGGAAUUGGCUUGGGAUUUUUGUACUGUAGGAAAGCUUGAAUGAAUUGUUAAUAUGGUUAGAGGUGCUGAAAAAUAACUCAUGAAAACUGCAACAGAAUAAAUGAGUGGAUAAGUGGCUUGACUGAAGAAUGUUUCAUGCACUUGUUCUUGUUCAAUUUCAAUUCUGUUGGAAAACAAUUGUAAAUCAAGAAUCUCAUUACAUAGUGAACGUUCUACUUUUUCUCA